AUUGUCAAAUCAGGAAUUUAAAAGGGAAGGAUUCACUUUGAAUAGUGGGAGACAGGCGUGUACACAGUUUUCUGGGACGGGAGCUUUUCACCAUGGCAUCAUAUUUAGAGGAAGAUGACGUUGAAAAGAUUAUAGUAGCCGCUAUAGAUUUUGGCACCACUUAUUCCGGAUAUGCUUUCGCAUUCCGAAAUGAUUGUGCGAACGACGCACUCCGCAUCCAAGGAAACAUCUGGAACAGUGGAUCAAGCGUUGGAGUCUCUCUUAAAACUUCGACAUGCGCACUUUUCACCCCAGAUAAGAAGUUCCAUUCCUUUGGGUUCGAUGCUGAAGACAAGUAUGCUGACCUAACCAAUGACAAUGAGUUCCACGACUGGUACUACUUCCGGCGGUUCAAGAUGAUGCUGUAUAAGAACCCGAAUAUUUCUCGCCAGUGCACACUCGAGGAUGACAAGGGUAAUAUUAUGAAUGCCAUGGAUGUAUUUACGGCGAUCAUCCAUUACCUACGUGGACACAUGCUUCGUGCAAUGCAUGAGCGAUCAAUCAGUGAAGGUAUCAAAGACGAGGAGGUCCAUUGGGUUCUUACUGUUCCAGCCAUCUGGUCUGAUAAAGCCAAGCAAUUUAUGAGAGAAGCUGCCAAACAAGCCGGCAUCAGAUCUGACCAUCUUGACAUAGCUCUGGAGCCGGAGGCGGCAUCGAUAUACUGCAAGCACAUUCCGAUAGGAAAGCGUGGACAGGAACAACACAGAGAAAACGAAAACAUUGCUGGCUUAGAAGCAAUAUGUCCUGGUACCAAGUAUUUGGUGCUGGACGCAGGGGGUGGAACAGUAGAUAUCACUGUACAACAGGUUCAGAGCGACGGAUCUCUCCACCAGGUAUAUAUGGCGAACGGCGGAGACUGGGGAGGAACCAGAGUAGACGAGGCAUAUGAACAGUUUCUCAUAGACUUGGUUGGCGGCGAAGUAUGGGACGCAUUUAAAUUAAACCAUAGAGAUUCCUACUUAGAUAUUGUUCGUGAAUUCGAAAUCAAGAAGCGAACUAUCACGCCGGAACUCGACCAAAAAGUCACAUUCAAAGUCCCAAUAGCUCUUAAUGAGGUCUACCAGGACAUGAAAGGGGAGGGGCUACGCGAAUCCUUGUCGCAGGGACGAAAAGGAAGAAAAAUUGCAUGGAUCGGCGACAAAAUCAGAGUCGAUGCCUCUGAAGCAAAGGCAUUGUUCGAAACUACAUGCGAGGUGAUCGUAGAACACGUCGAACGAAUUUUUGAUGAAGAAAACGCGGCUGGAACAUCUGUUAUUCUGAUGGUUGGAGGGUUUUCCGAGUCUCCAAUGCUACGACAUGCAGUGAAAGAAAGAUUCGGUCACUCGAAGAAAAUCGUAAUUCCCCAGGAUGCUGGAUUGUCGGUCCUGAAAGGAGCAGUGCUAUUCGGAUUUAACACUAAAGUAAUUUCUACGCGUGUGAUGAAACACACUUACGGUAUUCAAGUGUCAGAAGAGUUCAGGCAGGGUGAUCCAGAGAAUAAGAAAUCAACAGUAAAAGGGAAAUUGUAUUGUGAUGAUCGGUUUAGCAAGCAUGUUGCUAGAGGACAGUCAGUUGACAUAGGGGAAGCAACCGAGCCUCAAGAUUAUCACCCGUUGACUGAUGAAGCUACGAAAAUGGUCUUGAGAGUUUACAUAUCCGAGAAAGAUGAGCUUAAGUACUGUGAGACUGAUAAUUGUACAUAUAUCGGAAAGAUGCUGGUGGAUCUUCCAAUGGAUGUCCCUGCAUCGGACCGAGUAGUAUCGGCAAGACUUAAGUUUGGUGGCACAGAGCUAUCCGUGGAGGCAAAAGUGAAAAAAACCGAGAAAACCACAAAUGCGCAGUUCGAACUUUUGGAGUAAUCAAUAUUUUUGUUCUUGGCAAACUAAGA